GAAGCGAAGGGGGAAGCGACGGCUGCUGCUGCUGCUGACAGCGCAGCACUUGUAAGUCGCUCCCGGAGAAGCAGGGGUGCUCCGUGCCAAACUGCCCCCCCUUGCACGCACAGCUCGCGAACUGUCUCGGAUUUAGGAUUAACUCGCCUGUUGAGAGAUGAUCUUGGCUGGAUUAUUUCAAGACACUUAAAAGCCGCGUUUCUCAGUGCUGAAGGACAGCCUGAGCAAUGGAGCCUUGGACGCCUCACAGCAUUACUGGGGCUCCCAAUUCCACCGUGGCGGUCCAGCCUCUCCUGGACAGCCGCAUCCCCUAUGGCAGGCUGCAGCAUCCUCUGACCAUCCUGCCGAUUGACCAAAUGAAGACCACGCACCUGGAGAACGACUACAUAGACAACCCCACCCUGGCCCAGCUGGCUGCUCAGAAACAUCCCCGGGGCCACCACGAGCCCGCCCAUCCCCCGCGAUGCGAGCAGGACAUCACCCACCCGUGGAUCUCUUUCAGCGGGCGGCCCAGUUCCAUCAGCAGUAGCAGCAGCACAUCUUCGGAUCAGAGGCUUUUGGAUCACAUGGCUCCAGCCCCGGUAGCAGACCAGUCCUCCCCAAGGGCUGUCCGGAUACAGCCCAAGGCGAUUAAUUGCAAGCCCUUGGACCUGAAGGGACCUGCUUCUCAGGAGAUGGACAAGCACUUUUUGCUGUGCGAAGCAUGUGGGAAAUGCAAAUGCAAGGAGUGCGCCCUGCCGAGGACUUUGCCCUCCUGCUGGGUGUGCAACCAGGAGUGCCUGUGCUCGGCUCAGACCCUGGUCAACUACUCCACCUGCAUGUGUCUGGUGAAGGGCGUCUUCUACCACUGUACCAACGAGGAUGACGAGGGCUCUUGCGCAGACCACCCUUGCUCCUGCUCGCAUUCGAACUGCUGCGCUCGCUGGUCUUUCAUGAGCGCCCUCUCUCUGGUCCUGCCUUGCUUGCUGUGCUACCUGCCGGCCACCGGCUGUGUGAAGCUGUCGCAGCGAUGCUACGACCAAGUGAGUCGGCCUGGAUGCCGGUGCAAAAACACAAACAGUGUGAUUUGCAAAGCAUCACCUGAAGGGAAAGUUGGCAGCAGGCCAGAGAAGCCAUUUUGAUCUCUGGAGUGAGGAGGAGGGGUGGGUGGGGGUGGGAAGUGCCGAAAAACAACAGGAAAGGGAGUUUCAUAACCUGCGUUGCGAGUGUAACAUGUGUCAGCCUUUUGCUUUCAACAAACGAGGGGAAAUGUCUCUUUCCAGGAACUGAAGUGCUUUGGGAUUAUUCAGGGGGUUGUGGAAGUGGUGGUCUGAACUUACUAUGCAGUAGGGAUCCGAAGGAUCUUUCUGAAUAUUUUUGCAGAGCAAAGGCAGAAAUCUACUAGAUAGGACAAUCUGAAGACUGCUUCUGUUCAUUUCUUAGUCUUGGCUGCUUGCUAAGUCUACAUACCACAAGAAUAAUUAACAGAUGGAAUUGGCAGGUACAUCAACAGCUGAAACAGGGUUCUUAUUCCUAGAAGGUGAAAUCCAUUUCAGCCCCCUCCCCCACACUACUCCAACCUUUUAUUUAUUACCUGUAUACCAUUGGCAAUCAAGAGUUAAUGUUCUCAACACUUUAGUAGGGACCCUGCCCAACCCCUCAGUAUUCCACCCCCCACUUAAGGCAGUUAUUGAAAAAGAUCCUUCUAUCCAUUCCUCAAGUCCUUUUCCUUCAGCCUCCAUGGGCCGAAAUGAUAGAACUUGAUAGGCAGGAAUCAGCAGGUGCUACUUUUUUUACAGCAUGGAGAGGAUGUUGCCCUUAGCUGAUUGAUGCAUAUCAAGCUACAGUUGAGGCACAGAUGGAAAAGUGGGCAACCCCACCAGUUUCCUCCUCUUAAGGCAAUUUUAUUCUUCGUCGCUCUCUCUCUCUUUUUCUUUGGCUUCACUGAGUAUAUACAAAGAAUGCAUCUUGCCUAGGGACAUGAUCUGUCCCUCAUUUAGCAUCAGUUAGAUGCUAUUGGUGUGUGUGCCCUCACUGAUAUGGAGAUAAUCCACUGCCUUCAGUAAGGCUACUCUUUGAGGUUUGGAUUCUUAAAGUGCGCUGGCAGCCCUUGCAGCUAAAAUGCUGUUCUCUGAGCAAAGCUUCCAGGAACAGGAGUGCUUGAGAGACGAGGCCCCUUUUCAGCCACGUGUUUCAGAUGCAUUUGGUUCUGAGCACACAUUUAACAUCGAUAAAUUACUUUGCCCAAUCAAACGGCACAUUCGGGGUAUCGCACAACAAAAUCUUGCUAAGGCAAAAAAAAAAAAGCCUUGAAGGCACCAAUAUCAUAAACCCUUCCAUGCCAAAUUGUGGCAGCCCUCCUCUCCUUGAAAUAAACUACCCGGCAUGUUCAGCUUAAUUGAGCUAUACAUAAGUACUUACAGCAUAUAAGCCUAAACCAGCCUUUGACAACCUGGUGCCCUCCAGAUGUUGGCUGGGAUUGAUGGGUGUUGUGGUCCAACAACAUGUGGAGGGCACCAGGUUGGUGAAAGCUAAGCUAAGAAAUCACCUUAUCCCUACAUUACCCUUCUUCCACCUUGCACUCACAGGGCUGAUGCAAACUGAGCACAAUGCAUUUGCAUAUAUGUGGGAUGGGUUCACACACACAAACACACAGUAUCAGUAUCAGUGCAACCCCAAGCUCACAUGAAAGGUGGAUUUGGCUUUGGCCAAAUGACAUUUGCUCAGUAUUUAAAUUCUCACUUUUAUUGCUGCUGCUCAACUUUUGUCUCCUGUAAAAUAGCAUUAUCUUAGUAAAUACAGAGGAAUUUCUUUUAAAAAGGAAAAGAAUAUGUCUAUUUUAGCAUUAAGAACUUUUGGAGGAGCAUGUGGAAGCUUAGAGGCGAAUAUUUGUUACAAACUGCCCAUGAUUUUCAGUAGCCAACAGUUUUCAGCCUCAUCUAUACACUCAAGGUUAGGGUUAUUGCAUGAGGGACUGCAUGAGGGUUAUUCCUGUUGGGAAGAGAACAGAAGCACCUCUGUUCAAGACAGAUGUUGCAUUCCCUUAAAGUGGGUUGAUCACAUUCUAUCGACAACCACAAGGUGUUAAACAUGAAACAGUUCACCAAUAUAAUGAAUCAAACUGAGUGGGUAUUUGUUGCAUGCAAAAAGCUGAACUUAUGUCUCUGCUGGUUUUAUUUUUCAACUUGGAAUUCCUGUACUGGAGUGUCUGUGUGAAAACUACCAUGUUUUAAUUAGGCAAAACCACAAUGUCAUUCUCCAAGCAAAUCAGAUUUCUCAUUUGAAAUGAAACACACUAUACUGACAGUAGCAAACCAUCAUCCAUCCCCUG